UUACCCCCGUAUUGGUUCAGGAUACCUGCGUGAACCUUCGUGAGUUAAUUCUCUCAAGACAACGACAGUCCCAGGCCACCAAGGAUCUAGAGUUCAUCCCGACAAUUCUCAGGAAGUUUAAGGAUUCUCUUCGUGUGUUUAUUCUGGACAGUAGGGAUAGACCGUUUAGUAGCAAAGUUUCUAAGGAUAUACAGAAGGCGUUGUCUGACUGUGAGAAGCUAGAAUGUUUAAAACUAGAAUCUGAAGAGAGUCCCUUUAUUCAUUGGUGUAAUUCUAGAUAUCGUGUCAAAACUAAGAAGUUGCUGAUGACACUGCGGAGAAGUUCAGAUUAUAAAACCAUCAUUCGAAAUAUCAACAGAUGCUUUAUUAGUGAUGUCGAGAUUGAGUUGUUUUUUGAUACAUACGUUGAUAUCGACAACCACAAACAUGCCUUUUUCAGUCAGGGUCAUAAUAUGGGAGGCGGAGAGAAUACUGUUUCUCAUGCAACUAGAGCAUUCGAGGCGGAGGAAGCUAACGGAACAUUCUAUAAAGGAAUGGCGGAGUUCGGACCCAAGGUUCGCCGUUUAUCGGCGGACACGGAUAUCCGGCCUGAAUACUUCCAGUACCUGUUCCCAAAUAUUGAAAGUUUAGAGAUGUUUGCUCGAGCUAGUCGGAGGGUUCCUCUUGAUCCAAGGUUCUCUCCAAACUCCUGGUCUAAGCUGACCAACUUCGCCCUGGAGGUUGACCCAGGGUUUGCUGCUCUCACUGUAGACAAUCUUAUUGUUAAUAUGUUGGGGGAUGUAUUCCAGUAUGGACCAAAUGUUACAAACCUGAAGGUUCUAGCUUCCCAAUCUGGGUUGAAGGUAUCGGAACACAGUCUGAUGUUAAAGCUCCGUGAGUUGAGAUGUAACCUUGAGUCUCUGAAAACCAUUGAGUUCCUAUCUCCUUACUGUAUCAGCAACAGUGGAUUAACAGCAAAGUUGGCGGAUUUCUUCAUCCAGAACUGUCCCCGACUAGAGAAACUCCGUGACGUUGCAAGUUGGGAGGGUCGGGAGGAAAGCUGGAAGGAGGUGGCGGAGAGGGCGGAGAAGGUUGGACUCACAACAGGCUGGGCCAGUAAAACAAACCGAUCCAUGCUCUAUACAAUAGAUUACGAUGCCGUAGGAUGGUUUCAGAUGGAUACGGGACAUCAGUUUGAGCUUUACAACAACCUGAACGAUGACUGGGAGGUGAUCGCGAACGAGAACGACAUGGAGGAGUUCGUAGAGCUAUAACUCCGUUGUGAUUCAGAUUAUUGGCUGCUAUUAAAGUGAUACAUUUUCAUGAGUAUACUCACUGCUCAGUAAUAAUUGGAGGAUUUCAUACCGUUCAACAUUGUACUUGAGUUGAGUUUUGUCAGCGCACAAAAUCCAACUUAGCCAGAUAUACAUUCAUUUUUGUGUUAUUUUUUUUAUAAAUUUUGAGCAAAGUAUUGCUCUUUAUGCUGUGAUGCUAGUCUAUAAAUUGUUUAUUUCAGAAA